UACGUUACCCCCGUCAUGGCGAGCCUCAGCGCCAUCGCCCGCUUCCUCCACCUCGCCAGCCCUCCCCACACCCAUAUCGCCUGAGAGAUCGACCUACCCCCCACUGGGUAUCAGAUCCCUCACCUCACGUCCUUGUCUCAGGUCCUAAUCCGGCAAUCCCCUCUCUCUCUUUCUCCAGCGCGACUGACUGGCUCUCAGAUACCGGCGGCGCUCAGGGCACUUCUCCUCGCCGGCUGGUUCUUGAGGCACAUGCGGCGGCGCGGGAGCAUCCAUCCACAUCAGACGAACGACCACAAAAUUUGGAUCCCUGUAUCAAGUGUGACUACAUUCCCCGGCUUCUCAACGCCGAAUUUGAUAGCCCCUACAGUUUGGAGGAAUUCAGCCCCAAAUUAGUCAGUCCUCUUGUUGGUACCCACGAUUUGGCUUUUGAUUUACAAACAUGGCUUGUUGCCUUAUGUGUAGAAAGGCCACCGAACAGACUAUUGAUGGUGAAGAAGCUCCAGGAGGAAAUAAGGUGAAAGCUUUUUCUUAUAGCGAGCUGAGAAAAGCUACACAUGAUUUUAGUGGAGCAAACAAGGUUGGCGAAGGCGGUUUUGGUUCCGUGUUCAGGGGAAGGCUUAAAGACGGCACAAUUGUUGCAGUAAAGGUGCUUUCUGCUCAUUCAAAGCAAGGCAUCCGAGAGUUCUUUACUGAACUUACAGCAAUUUCUGAUAUUGUGCAUGAAAACCUGAUCACCUUAGUCGGUUGCUGUGCUGAGGGACCCAAUAGGAUCCUUGUAUACAACUAUCUUGAAAACAAUAGCCUUGCACAUACACUGCUAGGUAAGGGUUAUAGCAGCAUUCGAUUCAACUGGAGAGUCCGCGUUAAAAUUGCUGUAGGUGUUGCCCAUGGGCUAGCAUUUCUUCACGAAGAAAUCCAUCCUCCCAUAAUCCACCGGGACAUAAAGGCAAGCAAUAUUCUGCUCGACAAGGAUCUCACCCCCAAAAUUUCGGAUUUUGGGUUGGCAAGGCUCCUCCCUCCAAAUGCAACUCAUGUGAGCACCCGUGUUGCAGGUACAAUAGGAUACCUGGCUCCUGAAUAUGCAGUUAGAGGGCAAGUGACAAAGAAAUCAGAUAUUUAUAGUUUUGGUGUUUUGCUAUUGGAGAUUGUUAGUGGCAGGUGUAACCACAAUAACAGAUUGCCUUAUGAAGACCAAUUUCUGCUCGAGAGGACAUGGACUUGUUAUGAACAAGGACAGGUCGAGAAGAUGAUAGAUGCAGAUCUAGAAGAUGAUCUAGACACAGACGAGGCAUGCCGAUUCUUGAAAGUUGGUCUUCUGUGCACUCAAGACGCGAUGAAACUCCGUCCCAACAUGACCAACGUUGUCCGGAUGCUGACCGGAGAAAAAAGUGUCUCCAUGGAAAGGAUCACCAAGCCUGCUGUGAUCGGUGACAUGGGAAACAUCAAGGUCAAUAAUCAGCAGAGAACAGGCGACUCGCACUCUGAACAAUCCACAAUUAUAUCAUCUGAAGCAACAGUAGAGUCAUCGCCGUGAGUAGUACAUAUAUCAUGCAAAUCCCGUUGUUGUGCAUUAUCAUGCUGGGUAGGCCAUCGUGGUGUGUUAUGUACGUUGUUUACUAUAUAUGCAGUGAAGUUAUUGCAUAAUUGUACAAGUUUCUUUUAUAAGUUACCUGUAAUGGAACGGAGCUUGUCCAAAUUUCUUAUUCUAGACCUUCUGAUUUUGAAA